UACCAAGCCUACUACCAACAAUAACCCACCCGCACUCUGAUCCGUUCAGCCGUCUACCAUCUGUGCUCGCCAGUCGAGUCUACCACGCCAACAACACAACACCAACAUUCCACUGUCGCUCUCGCCCGAGAGUGACUUCAUCGCUACCAUAUCGUACCUUGGCACAAACGUCACCACGGCUACCCCAAGGUCCAUACUCAAGAAGCCGCCAACAUCCUCCCCGGCAAUGCCGUCUGCACGCACAAACAUGCCUACGGCCGUCCACGCAAAGCCCGCCGUGGCCAAGAAGGAACGCGUGGUUGGCUUCUACGAAGACCCCGUCAUCUCAUUCUGCCGUCCUGUAAACACUUCCGAGAGCUGGGCUGCCUACCACUUUGAGAUGCACGCCAGGAAGUGUGCUCACUGCCACAACGCCUACGAAGUCCACCGCAACCACGAGCGUCUCUGUGACGUUGGCCACGGCCUGGCCCAGGACGUCGCCCGCUACAUCUACCACAAGUCGGGAGCCACCUACUCCACCAUGGAGGAGAACAACAAGCUUGUCCGCGUCGAGAUCCCAGCCGGUUACGUUGAAGUCUGCAGCCUCCUCAAGGCCAUUGAGCGUAGCCUCCGCCACCGAUCACGCAGGCCCUUUGUCUCCAUGGACCGCAGCUACUACGUCGCUCCCCGAUCAUCACCACCACCCGCCUCUCCCCCACGACGAAGCAACACUGUCAAGGUCGAGCAAGAGCAGCCCAAGAUCAAGUCUGCUCGACCACGAACCGACGACAUUGUUGACUGGCCUCAACACACCGUCACCACUACCAAGGCCAAGCGUCCACUGUCUGAGAUCAGCAACACCCCAAACUCCAAGCGCGGUUCCCUCUACGAGGAGGACCUGGCCAAGCAACGCCGCAACGCAAAGCACUACGCCGUUGAAGUCCGCGAGCCAACCAACCGGGACAUCCGCGAGCAGCGCUCGUCUGGCUACUACCGAUGAAUGAUGACCUAAGCAUUCUCUUUGCGCUUUUACGAAAUACCAUGUCAUGAUUGAUACGACUUAUUACGCCAUCAGUCUCUUACUAAGAGCCUAGCGCCCGCCGCUACGUGCUCUACUUCCACGCGCGUGUGAGACGGGCGGAAGCUGCAAAAGCUCCGCGCCAGUCCGCACUACCACCACAGACCGAUUCCUCAUGUUUUUGCACGCCUUGUUUUUUGCGUUGCUUGCACACAUGCUGGCUGGGACGGCGAGGGAGGAGUGGAAUGUACCAUCGGGGAGGAAGAUGCCUCCACCUUUACGGUGUUGAGGGUAAUGGAUUAAUGCAAGGGGGGUUGAUGGACCCUGGAAUGAUGCGAUGGAAACGCCUAGAUGACGCUGAAGGGCGGGGUUUGGGGACUUUGACACAUGUACUAUUUUAGAUAGCUAUUAAUGGAACAACAUCGUUCGACGCUUCA